AUGGCGUCAUUACCUCCGCUGACAGAAUCUCUCAUUCCUUUCUUAGAUCCAUACCUGCCUCGAAUAAAUCCAACAGCUGUAUUAGAUAAAGCCGAAACUGAUGACAGUCUUCCGUUUAUUACUUUAACAUUUGCACAAUCCAUUGAUUCAAGGAUCAGUAGCUCUCCUGGUGCCAGGACCUCGAUUUCACAUCUAGAAACUAAAACUAUGACCCAUUAUCUACGAUCCAAGCACGACGCCAUACUCAUCGGAAUCGGUACUUUUCUGGCCGAUGAUCCGAUCCUGAAUUGCCGUUUCAAAAUCAAUCAUGACGACUCAAGUCAUUUGAUAAGACCCGUGAUCAUUGAUCCUACAUUCAAGUUAGGUUUUUACUAUGAAAAGUCCAAACUCAGGCAAGCUUUCCUGGAGAGCAAAGGACUUCCACCAAUUGUUUUAGUGAGACUAUCAGAAAUUAGAUCAAAUCCGGAAAUCAAGAGCUUUUGUACUCUACAUAAGAUUAUGCUGCUUCCCAUAGAAACUGAGCCAGCAUCCGAAUUUCGAUGGUUGAAGGUGUUCAAAGAAUUGAAGAAACGACAUAUCAAAUCAAUUAUGGUUGAAGGAGGCGCCUCGGUAAUUAACAGUCUGCUUUUGGCCAGAGAUCCAAGCAGCGGGAAGUCGUUGAUCAAUUCACUAAUUAUAACUAUCGGUCCGGUCUUCCUAGGCAAAUCAGGAGUUGAAGUAUCUCCUUGUAAAGAACUCCGCCUUACAGAUGUGUCUUGGUGGACUGGUGUGCAAGAUUCUGUGAUAUGUAGUCACUUGAAGUGA